AACCCACUUUGAUUCAGUAGUGUAAGGUUGAGUAACCUAGAGAGAAAAUUUCCACAGGGGUUUUUCUGGGUUUUCUUUCAAUUUGAAAACCCAGUUUGGAAAUUUUUAAUUUGGUGGUGUAUUUGGUUUGUUAUUUGUAAGAUUCCCAUUUUUGGCACCCCCAGCUGUACUUCAUUGAUAGUUGAAAGUAUGGUUCAAGAGGAGGGAUCAUCAUCUGUGACUUCAUCACCUCUGCAGUUCUUUCCUUGGAUGCCAGUGUCUCCUGGUGUAGGAGGGUCACCAUAUCCAUGGCUCAGGGAGCUGAAAUCUGAAGAGAGGGGAUUGUAUUUAAUCCAUCUUCUUAUUGCCUGCGCUAACCAGGUUGCUCUUGGAAGCAUUGAGAAUGCAAAUAUUGGCCUGGAGCAUAUUUCUCACCUUGCUUCUCCUGAUGGUGACACUAUGCAGCGCAUAGCUGCUUACUUCACAGAGGCACUUGCUGACAGAAUGCUUAAAGGUUGGCCUGGUCUGCACAAAGCCCUCAAUUCUACGAAAAUAUCUUCAGUUUCUGAAGAAAUCCUUGUUAAGAGGUUGUUCUUCGAGCUCUGUCCCUUCUUAAAGCUUUCAUAUCUGAUCACAAAUCAGGCCAUUAUAGAAGCCAUGGAAGGGGAGAAGAUGGUUCACAUUAUUGAUUUGAACUCAUCUGAGCCUGCUCAAUGGAUUAAUCUUCUUCAGACAUUAAGUGCACGACCUGAGGGCCCGCCUCAUUUGAGAAUUACGGGCAUUCAUGAACAGAAGGAGGUAUUAGAACAAAUGGCUCUUAGGUUGACGGAAGAAGCUGAAAAGUUGGACAUCCCUUUUCAGUUUAAUCCUGUAGUUAGCAAACUAGAGAAUCUUGAUAUUGAAAGCUUGCGUGUCAAGACUGGAGAAGCUCUUGCGGUAAGUUCUGUACUUCAGCUCCAUUGUCUUUUGGCAACUGAUGAAGAAAACCAGAGGAGUCCGCCAUCAACAUCAAAAAACUUACAAAAAGUCUUCCAUCUUAACCAGAGAACUCUAGGAGAGUGGCUUGAGAAAGAUUCAAGCUAUGCCUGCAACUUGAGUCCUGAUUCUGCAUUGUCCCCUCUUUCUGUAAGUGCUUCGCCAAGGAUGGGGAGUUUUCUAACUGGUAUCUGGGGCCUGUCACCGAAGCUGAUGGUGGUAACUGAGCAAGAAUCAAACCACAAUGGAUUAACUUUAAUGGAGAGGGUCCUAGAAGCAUUGAACUUCUAUGCAGCACUCUUUGAUUGCUUGGAGUCGACAGUAUCAAGAGCAUCAAUGGAACGGCUAAAACUUGAGAAGAUGCUUUUCGGAGAGGAAAUUAAAAACAUCAUAGCAUGUGAGGGAACUGAGAGGAAGGAGAGGCAUGAAAAACUCGAAAAAUGGAUCUUAAGGCUUGAGUUGGCUGGGUUUGGGAGGGUACCUUUGAGCUAUCAUGGAAGGUUGCAGGCAACUAGGUUGUUACAUAGCUAUGCUUAUGAUGGCUAUAAGAUUAAAGAUGAGAAUGGAUGUUUGGUUAUAUGCUGGCAAGACAGACCCCUCUUUUCCAUUUCAGCCUGGAGGUUUAGGAGAUAUGAAUAAGCUUAUUGACAAUAUGGUGAUCGAGUGCUUUUUCAUUUUUUCGUUUCUAUUUUUUAACUUCUUUUUCUUCUCCGUAUAAAGAUCUUAUGCAUUUUUUUCCCUUUAAAUUCAUAGUGUUUAUCAGAAAGAUUUGAAGAACUUUCUUUGUUCUUUUGUUCUUCGAAUUCUUUUUGGUUUUACAUAUACACUGAUGUUCUAUAUCUUCGGAUAGCCUAUUUUAUGGAAAUUUAUGGAUAAAAACAAAUCUCUCUUUCUCUUUC